CUCAAGUUGCUAAUUGAUCUUCAACUGACUCGUGUUAAAAUGGUUGUUGAAAUAAUUGAUAAGACUUCCACUGUCACAAAACUUCAACAAGAGAAUGAGUACAACAAAGACCUUGAAGUAUCAUCAUCAAGUGAUGAAGAUAACAUUACGGUUGUAAUUGCUUUCUCAGAAAAGCAAUACGGAAACAAAACUCUUAGCACUGUUUUUAUGGAGUUAAGCAGUCGCCUGAAAAGGAAAGCAAUUAGCAUUGAAGGAAGCAAUGAUGUUAAGCUUCAAGACCGGCAAGAGAUACACCUCGAUAAGAAAUUCGACUUUCAAGAGAUUUUAAGUAAAUGGAGAGAGUUUGAAAUAAAUAAUACUCAACCCAAAAAUAGUGUCGAUAGCAAAACACACGAGGAUAAAUGUGAUUUGUUGGCUGAUCGUGAGAAAUGGGUUAGAAAUGAAGAGAAAAUAUACGAGACUCUUAACUUGGCUGACACUAGCAUCAGCACUGAUGACCUGAGUGAGAUACUAUCUUUAGACAGUUGCGAUGAUGGUAGUUUUACAUCAGAUCCUGUCACCACUAAUAUAGAUAUGACUUGUGAGGUGAAAAGCAAAGAUUCGCCAGCAAAGAUAACUAACAAAAGAAUAAACUAUAGCAAAAUUGCCUCGUUUGAAGAUGGUGAACAACCACAUUUCACUGAACUGUUGUUUAAUCGUUCACAUUCGAACAAGCCUAGACGUCUGAGUGUCAUCUACGAAAAUGUCAUCGAAUCCACAUAUGAACGAGAAAAUCAACUAUCCGUGAAGACACCACCACUAAUCUCCUAUGUACAGGAGAUUAAUGCUCAGGAUGAAAGGAUUAAACAGAUCCAGAAAGCCAUACUUGUGUGUAAAUUAAACAAAGGCCGAGAAAGAGUUGAAGCUGAAAAAGUAUUAUUAGUUGAAAAUAUAAAAAAGGCUCUUCUAAUUCAAGCAUCAAAGACAACUGAUCAGCAACCUAAGUAUUUAGCUGACUGUAAUAUUAAAAACAUUCGGUUCACUCUUAGAAAAGAUCCAUCUAAUAAUGUUAGGUAUUACUAUGUUUGCCUUGUUAAGAGUGGUAUGAAAGUUAUAGCUAGUGAGGUGGUGGCUCCUGUUAACAAAGUGAUCUUUUUCAACAAAAUUAUGUGUUUAAAAGAUGUAGCCCCUAACAUCACAUUAACUUUAUUCCAUAUGAGGGUACGAGUCGAUAUAUUGCACAAUAAUAAAUACAUAAAAGUGGUUAACAAAACAUUAAAAAAGCUGUUUCGUAUUGCUAAUAAUAUAGGAGGAAAUGCUCAUCAAGAGGAGAAAAUUAGGCAAUACUCUGAAUUUGAACAUGUUGGAGAAAUAUCCCUCCCAUCAGUAAAUAACCGAUUGUCAUUAACAAAUAUGCCACUAAGUAUGGAAGUUAAUGAAUUGUUCAGGGCAGACGUUGAAAUCAAACCACAUUUUAAGCACCGUUUAUUGGGGUUACUUUAUAUAAAACGCGACAAUGACGAAUGGAAUCAAUAUUCAUGCUGUUUGGAGGGUCAUUAUCUUAUUAUUAAAGAAGUUGAAUAUGAAAAUUCAUUUGAUACGAUUGAUCUCAGAUGCUGCGUCGACGAAGUUGUGUGGUUGGAGGAGGCUCCGUUGAAGACAAUAUUUUUCGAAAUUGAAGCUGUUAAUUGUAAAACGUCGUACUAUUUCUCCUCUGAACACCCGAGUGUUAUCGAAAAAUGGAAGCAAAUUUUAAACUUAGUAUAUGACACAUUAAAGACGUGGAACUUAUUGGGAACAACAAUCUAAAUCAAAUUAAAAAGUAAAAGUAUUUGAGUAAGCUUAUUAAAAUCACUUUGUGUCCCUAAGUCACUUUUAAUAUUAGUUUAGAUAAUAAAUACAUAACAUAAAUAAAAU